GUUCAUUCUCUGGUUGUUGAUGAGAGUUCGGAUAUUACCACUGAGAAACACCUGAUGAUGUACACAAAAUUUCUUGCCAAGACCAUUCCAUACAUUUUUCGCUGAGACAAGACGUUCUUCCUGCUAUGUUCGACUAUUUCUUCUUCAAAUUGCAUGCUUCAACACCAUUGGAGCAGGCUGACACUGGCCCGUAUUCUUUGGGGGAAAACACUCGCAACAGGACAUCUCUCUUUAAGACGGUUACCAUCACAACCUUGGAUCCAUUCCCAAGCGACAAUUCUGGCUCCUGUGUGUGGCCACACCUUGAAGCACCAGUUCUUUUUUUCCCAGCCUGGACUGAGCUACAGGUGAAAUUUAUAAAGCUGCUGUAUCUGGAUGGUAAAGCUGAUGCUCUCUCCCUUUACAAAUCCAUUAAGAAAUUCUAUGUUGAGCACCAAAUCUGUCUACAGUCUAUGGCUAUGAUAACAACAAAUGGUUCGCCCAUUAUGAUGGGAUCAAAAGGAGGUCUUCAUGUCAAACUCAAGGUAGACAUUCCUUGGCUACUUGGACAGCAUUUUGUGGUACAUUCAGAGGCUUUGGCCAUGAAGGAUUCGUACAAUGAAAUUACACUCUUUCAAGAAAUAGAUGGUUGCUUCAAAGCUAUCUAUGCAUACAUUUCCAGAUCCACUAUUAAACACAGCGGUUUGGAAGAGGUUCUUCAUGUCCUGGAGACAAAUGCCAUCAAACUGGCAAAGGCUUGCCACCUCAAAUGGAUAAAUCGAGGCAGGGCAAUCCAAGCAAUUUGCAAAUCGUACCAAACUCUCAUCAUAUACUUUUCUGACAUGAGUUACAGUGACCAUGAUAUCACAGCAGAAAGCAUCCUCCUCAAACUUCAACAGCCUCGCAUUCUACUUGCCAUUUUCUUCUUGAGAGAUCUUCUCCACCACUUGGACAAUCUGUCACUAUUUUUUCAAGAAAGAUUUGUGAAUCCAGUCAGAGUACCUGAAAGGGUUCAAGCUACAAUCAAUCUCCUUGAAUGCAAGUACCUUGGAAACAACAUACUAUGGGAGAGCAGCUUUCUAUUGGGAAUACAGCUACUGGAAAGUGGUGCUCUUUCUCGGCCACCCAUGACCAGGAAACCACAUGGACCUAUACUUCAUAAGACAGCAGCUAAAGCUACUGAUGAGAUAGCUCUCUCUGUUAAAACUCUGGUGAAGAAUAUUGUUGACAGUCUGAAGGAGAGGUUCCCUGAUAAUGCAAUCAUCCGAGCUUUUCGUAUCCUAGAUCCAGAUAGGAUUCCUUCUGAUCCAGAGAAACUGGCUCAAUAUGGCAAUAGUGAAGCAGCAGCUCUCCAGAAUCAUUUUUCAGACCUACUUUCAAACGAUGGAAAAGAUCUAGUUGCAGAGUGGGAUCAGAUGAAAUACUUAAUUGCAUCCAGAAAAGGAGAGAGUUUGGAUGAAGUGUGCAUUGAUUUGGCCCAUUCUGAUAUGUGGAGAAAAGAAUAUCCGAACUUCUCAAUACUAUCCGAAGUUUGUGUAGUGAUGUCAGCAUCGACUGCUGAACCUGAUACAGGGUUUACGUCUGUGAACUUGAUAAAAAACAAAUACAGGAAUCGGCUUACGUCAGACCAACUGGAUCAGUUGCUCAGGCUUUGCCUGGAAAAACCUGAAGACAGGCAGGAUUAUUUAGAUGCAGCCUAUGCUGCAUGGCUACAAGCUGAACAAUGGAGGCUUCUUCUCAAAGAAUGGAGAAGAGGGGAAGAAUCCAAAACUGAAUCUGAUUCGACCGAAUCGGAUGCAGAUCCUUUGUCUGACUCAGAGUGAAAAUGAGUGCUGCUGACCAGUGUCCUUGGACAUGCAUGACAGAAAGGGAAAAAUCCGAUUUCUUUGUUAACUCGUGAUUCUCUGUUGGUGCUAUGUUGUUUGUAAUUGUAUUACAAAGAAAUGUACAUUUGCCUUACAUUACAUUACAUUUGCCUUACAUUACAUUACAUUGCCUAAAAUAAAAGGCAUCUCCCAGUAUUCUGUAUACUGUUCCUUUAUUCCCGAUUGAUAGUCCAACACAACAUGCUUCCAUGUCAUGGCAUGUCAAUCAUACAAUAAGGAAUUAAUAAAAUGGGAUUUUUAUACGUUAGUUUAAAUACAGCUGGGUUAUCAUAACUCUGGCAUUUGGUACCUUUUUAAUAAAAAAAAACCCUUGACACUCACUAGCUUUCUGAGAUGCUUAAACAGUCAUUGACUGUAAAAUGACUGGAUGUGAUAAGUUCAAGGUGUAUUUCAGCUGCCGUGGUUUGCAGGAUUGGUGCAGUGAGGCUUGAACACAGAUUAGGUAUGAAGUGGCAGCCUAUAAGAGUUAUGAUCUAAAUCUCCUUGGAAAGCUAAUGUGUCUAAUAGUACACUAAAGUAUUUGGGGAUUCAAAGUCAAGAUCGGUUUUUGUAUUUCAUACUUUCUAAAAGUGUGAUACAAAGUGUUGGGAAUGUUUGUGCAAAGAGUGAAACUUCAUAUUGGAUUAUUCCAUUUGAGUGAUGCUUUAAAAUGUAGCAGUUAAUAUGAUUUCCAAAUAUCAAAAGCUUGUAUUUAAUUUUAUUUUUUGAUGAGGCAGCUGUAUACUACUUCAGGGAGUUUCAGAGCUCUGCUUCCUGUAUAUAAUGCAGAAAGGGGAAGCUCUGGCUUUUAUCUGAGCAGUCAAUGCCAUUGGCAUCGGCAACUUUUUUUUAGAAACAAAUACCACUUUUUACAAAAGGUUUCACUUUUAUGAAUGUUCAGAUGUCUUGUGUGCAUAGAUCAGUAUAAAAAAACCCUCUGUACUUUUAUUAUUUGUAGUACAGUACAGGUUAUGUAUCUCAAAAGAAGCUUACAGGAAACAAACGUCCCUAGACAGGGUCUAUGUCAAACCUUCAAAUAAAGCUAGAGCUGUGAUUUGUAUUGACAGGUCAGUGGGGCUCAUUUCCUAUCCUGCCCUUCAGUGAUUUAAUCUGUUUGUAUCCUGUGCAGUAAAAGACUCCUUUAUUUAUCAUUUAUCCAUUUUGCUUUCUCAUUAGUUCCAGACUUUUGAUCCAGGCUACUCUGCUGCUUUUGGUGAACUCCAGAAUUUUGAGUGCAAAUAAUUGCUAAUCGUUCGUCACCCCUUUUCACUUUGCCUCUGUUGAUCUUCCUAAUAUUACAGCUUGAUGACCAUUGUGUACCUGUAUGGAGUUGGUUAUUUAUGCGAUCUCUAACAGUAGCCCAGGAACUGGGGAAAAAGGAACUGUGAAUAGCUGAAGUUCCGUGCACUGCUUCAUGUGAAGCAGGUGACUCAUUGAGCCUUCCUGCAAAGGAGAUCCAUUAGGAAGAGUCUGUUUUUGAAGAUACGGUGAAGAGGGUUGUGUGAUUCUUCCAACCUAUGUUGGAUGUACAAUGUAUCAUACAAGCUCCACUUGGAUUAUAAACUGCAUGCUGUCAAAUUGUAAUCUCAGAUGGCAUAACCUUCUGUGCAAACUGUUUAGUUAUUUUCUCAAAUCAGCACACAUCUGAGCAUCUUCUCUUUACUCCAAUGAUGAAGUCAGAACAGGGUUUUUGAUUGUAGUCCAUGUCUGUGUGAUUGUGUUUUUAUUGACUCUUCUUUUUCCAUACUGUUUUUAAUUACUUGAUCUCUUUUGUAAUUGGGCACCUUAUUUAGUGUUGCACUUUUACUUGUGAAAUGAUUGGACUGAUACUUGUUCUUGGAUAUCCUCAUCCCAUUUUAUUUUGCUUUCCUUAUGUCUAUUCCUAAAGUACUGCUUUGGCUUGCUUAAUAUAAACUGGUAUAGCACAUUGGGUUUGGUAGUAAAUGUGUCCAUUAUUUUCUGAUGCUGCUUACUUAAGUAAAUUCUAGUUGUGAAAAUCUUCAGUUUAUGACCUAUGUUCAGUGUCACUUUAAAAAUUAUGCAGAUAGUCACUAUAACACUAGGUUGCCAAAAAUUUACUGUAGCAAGAUUUCUAUAGACUGCAUGAUCCAUUUGUAGUAUUUUUGCCACCGACCAUUCAUUCGAUCAUUGUGCAUUUAAUACUAAUCUGAACAUUGCACAUUUACACUUAAGUGACAAAAGAACUUUAUUCAAGAAGGUGCUAAUGUGGUUUUCAUUGAAUUACUAACGUGUUGUUGUUUAGGUGAAAAUUGGAAAUGGAUUGACAGUAUACAGUGUGCUGAGCACUGAAAAUGGAUAUAAUUGAGGAAAUAUUAUGCUUGGAGCAGGAUGAUGCAUUUAAAAAUUAUGCUUGGAAUUGGUAUUCUGUUUAUUUGGGAGAUGGAAAGUGAUGUAAUGCGUUUAGAAUUCUGUGCUUGGAUCAAAAUUACACUUGGACCAGGUAUGUGGCUGUGCUUCACUUGAAUUGAUUGUAUUGCGUUUUUGUACUGUAUACAGGCUGCUGUUGGUCUAAAGAAAAUAAAGAUGUUAAGUUUGUUAAAGGAAA